CACAAGGUCGUUGAAGAGACUACUAUCUUUGCUCCUCCAACUUUUCAGCUGUGACAACCGACGACAAUCGACGACCUGCCACGCCGACAAGAUGGGUGCCCUCAAGUACGUGGAAGAGAUCCAGAAGAAGAAGCAGUCCGACGUGAUUCGCUUCCUGCUGCGUGUCCGUUGCUGGGAGCUCCGUCAACUGAACGCUAUCCACCGUGCUUCCCGCCCCUCUCGCCCCGACAAGGCUCGUCGUCUCGGCUACAAGGCCAAGCAGGGCUAUGUUGUCUACCGUAUCCGUGUGAGACGCGGUGGUCGUAAGAGACCCGCUCCUAAGGGUGCCACCUACGGCAAGCCCACCAACAUGGGUAUCAACCAGCUCAAGUACCAGCGCGCUCUCCGUGCUACCGCUGAGGAGCGUGUUGGCCGUCGCUGCGCCAACCUGCGUGUCCUGAACUCCUACUGGAUCAACCAGGACUCCACCUACAAGUACUUCGAGGUCAUCCUCGUCGACCCCCAGCACAAGGCCAUCCGCCGCGAUGCUCGCAUCAACUGGAUCUGCAACGCUGUCCACAAGCACCGCGAGGCCCGUGGUCUUACCGCCACCGGCAAGAAGUCCCGUGGUAUCAACAAGGGCCACCGCUACAACAACACCCGCUCUGGCCGCCGCCACACCUGGAAGCGCCAGAACACCCAGAGCUACUGGCGUUACCGUUAAAUGUAGAUGGGGUGUUUAUGGGGGUUGUUGGUUAUGGGAAAAAAUUGAUCCUGUGGAUGUCACUAUUUCGAUCAAAACUCGCAUCUACGGUGCCGUUCUGGAACUGCUGGGGUGCGAGCAUAAUGCAACAGAUCUUCUGGAUCGGAUGUUAGCCAAAAUACCUUUUUUUCACUUUUCUCGGUUCACCUGUAUUGUUCACCUAACGAAGUAUGACGACCUCUUUUACCUUGUUUCAGCAAUCUGCAGGCACGUAGGGCGUAGCUAAGGGUAUGAGGUGGAUUGAUGUAGACCGGUUUUUGCUUCUGCCGAUCAGUGCCUGGUGCCUUGGCAUGCGAUUGAGUUGGAAGGGGACGGCGCUACGCUGUGACUGCACUAUAGCCCUGUCUGGGAACCUGCCGGGGAGGGUUCACUGUGAGUGGUGAUGUGAUGAUGUCUGUAUUGCAGGACCUCCAAACCCACCUGGCAGGAAGAGUCUAAGACCCAAGUCGACCAGUGUCGCUGGUUGCAAGCCAGUAGGAUGGAGCCCUG